UGCAUGUGAUUGUCUGUGUGUGCGUAUGUCUGUAUCUGGAAAGAAGAACCGCCGCGUGGAGUGUCCAUUAUAGAUGUUAUUUACUCCUUAAAAGAAUUAUCAGAGGAGGAACAGCCCGAUGAAGAUGACGCAACAAUCUAUACAGUACAGCUACCAGGGUCUGGCAGAACUGGCCCAUCGUGAAUACCAGACAGGAGACUAUGAGAAUGCAGAGAAACACUGCAUGCAGCUGUGGCGUCAAGACCCCUCAAAUACAGCUGUGCUGCUGCUACUUUCAUCAAUCCACUUCCAGUGUAGACGCCUAGAUAAAUCAGCACACUUCUCAAUGUUAGCCAUCAAGAAUAAUCCUAUGCUUGCUGAAGCAUACAGCAACCUUGGGAAUGUCUACAAGGAGCGAGGGCAACUUCAGGAGGCCCUUGAAAAUUAUCGUCAUGCUGUCCGCCUGAAACCAGACUUUAUUGAUGGCUAUAUCAACUUGGCAGCAGCAUUGGUUGCUGCCAAUGACAUGGAACAAGCUGUUCAGGCCUAUGUCUCAGCUCUACAGUAUAAUCCAGUAAGUUCAGUCUUCUUUAUUGUUUAAAAUUUUCUCAUCUCU